GACUAUAUCACUCUUGUUAUCUUCUGUGGAGUUUGCGUGAAGAGUCAAACAUUUACGAUGUCGAAUCCUGCAGCUUUCGCAGGUCUUUGGACAUCUCUCCCAGUUCCACUCACGUCCUGGAUUUUGGAGGUAAUUCAAUCCAUGGGACACACCCAGAUGACUCCUGUACAAGCCUCUACUAUACCUCUUUUCAUGCAAAAUAAGGACGUUGUGGUAGAAGCAGUCACAGGUUCUGGGAAAACUCUCGCAUUCGUGAUACCAAUACUGGAAAGGCUGAUCAGGAGAGAAAGCAAAUUAAAAAAGAAUGAGAUAGGUGCGCUAAUUGUCACCCCUACAAGAGAACUGGCAACACAGAUACACUCUAUAAUUUCUCUCUUCCUCUCCGCUCAGCCAAAUCCCAUAACCUCUAGUUCUGACAG